GUGUAUUUAACUAAAGGCCGCGCGCCAGCUGCACCGUUGUAUAGUCUCGUCACGUUACAUGGCUGUGUGUACUUGCGACACCUGCGGAAAAAAUCAUAACAAAAUACAUAAAAAAGUUUCUUCCGCGUAUACUGAAAAGAAACCCAUUCAUCCAAGGACCGCAUUGGAAAGAACCAGCAGGUCAGGCGUUUAACAAAAGCAAACAAAUAUCAGUGCACUGGCGGCUCGUUAGUUUCGAGUAGACUCUUUCCCAGAGACCGCUGAGCCAGAGGCCGACCGGCCAGCCACAGUGAACUCUCUCGACGCGGCCCCCAUCACAACCCGCCAAGAUUCAGCCCAACAGCAGCUACUCGGACUGGGUCUACCGCUCCUAUGUGACCGAGAUGUCUAACCAGCAUUCGGUACAGGCGCUGUCCUGGCGGCGCCUGUACCUCAGCCGGGCCAAGCUCAAGGCAUCAAACAGGACGUCGGCACUGCUGGCUGGUUUUGCAAUGGUUGCACUAGUGGAGAUUCAACUUGAUGAAAAAAUUCCAGAUGGCCUGAUGAUUGCAUUCAGUGUCUGUACAACCAUGCUUGUCGUCGUGCACAUGUUCGCCCUGCUGAUCAGCACCUGCAUCCUCCCGAACAUCGAGGCGGUCAGCAAUGUCCACAAUGUCAAUGCAGUGCAUGAGUCGCCACACGACUCCCUGCACUGCUACAUCGAGAUGGCCUGGGGCUUUUCCACCAUCCUGGGCAUUAUCUUCUUCCUGCUUGACAUCAUCCUGCUCUGCUGGGUCAAGUUCCACAACUACAACAACGCGGCCGUGGCAUCCACCGCCAUUGCCGUGCCCGUGCUUGUCAUCCUGUGCGUCUUUGCCGUGCACUUCUAUCGUCGCUUGGUGGCGCACAAGUACGAACGCUCCACCAGGGGUCUGCAGGAGUUGGAGAGCAUGGCCACUGAAUUGGACAAUGGGGGGAAGUGCGCAGCGGCGGCAGCUGUUGGCGAUGAAUCACGUGUCGUACAGAAUGUAUGAGGGCACUGAAAAAUCACAGCAGUUCUCAUUCUGAUUUUAGUCUUGUCUGCUGCUUGUGUAUGUGUAGUUAGAAUUCAUUUAUUUAUUGCAGAAAAAGCAGAACAAAGCAAGUGAAAUGGCAUGUUUUGAUCAUUACGAUGUUUAAUUAUCAGUCGCAUGAAGAGUGCACUCUUUAUCACGUUUGAGUUAAAAUUUCUAAUAGUCAUUUUCAGGAAAAAACUUGGGGGAAAAGUUAUUGUUUUAUUCAGUGCUUGUCAGUUUCACAUGUUUGCAGUGACUACCACUUGUCCAACACUUCACUGAUAUCCUAGAGGAAAUGGUCAUCAAAGGAUAGUGUGAAGUAUUGGUGCUUCACCCGAUUGGUGAAAGUCAGGCAUUGGCCAAAAGUUGUAGUUGUGGUAGGCAACAACGUGUACCUGUGGAAGCGAGUGGCUGUGGCCACUUCCCAUAAACAUGUGCGUUACGCCUUGCCACAGCCAGUUGAUUCAGACACGGCUAAACACAGACACUGCCUGAUACCCAUGAUAUCCAUUGACCUUGGUGGUACUAUUACAGGUGUGUUACUCAACAUGCACACAACACAGAUACACUUUUUGAUGUUUGGCAGCAUUUGCUGUUUAUUUUUAUUUCUCUGUCUGAAGUUCUAAUGAGGUGCAUGAAUUGCAGUAGUUUUACUGGUUGUUGUAUUCUAUGCAUGUUUAACACAACAAAGCUUGUAAUUGGCACAGUUCAUGGACCAAAGUGUUCUUACAUUCCUUGAUACCUUCUUGUACUUUGUUUUUCACUUUAGUCUCUUGAAACGAUCAGACUAAUGGAUUUUCCAGAAUGUUAUAAUUGCACCGUUUUCACCCUCUAAAUCUGUGUAUGCUUUCAUUUAGUAAAGGGGUGGAAUUCUGGGCAGUUUUUUUGAAGUUCGUCAACAUGUAGAAUGCCACAACCCUGUUGAACUUUCAUUUGGUACAGAGGGUAACACUAUUGAUGUUGAAUCUUUUCUAACCAUUCACCUUAUUUGCAGGGAACAAAGUGUUAAUGCCACUACAUGUGAAAGCUCAUCUGACCUUUCUAAUAUGUUUAAUUAGGGGCGAAAGGUGUGCGGCCUUUUUAUCAGAGUUUGAAAUUAGACACAUAAGUGCUUAGGUAGUGUCGCCCUUUGCUUUGCCACAUUAAGAUCACAUUACCAGUCUACUUGAAGAGUACCAAGUUCUUUACUACUAAUGCAUGUUACUGAAUGUGGUGUGUCACUGUUGUAGCAACUGUUUACCAGUGUUUGGAAAUGGUGCUGGUCACUGAUACAAUUGUUACUUUGCUUUUGCAACUUCUUUUUAAAAGAAAUUUGUAAAUUAUGGACAGAUUUAUGGUGUUUGACUUUACUUUCACCUUCCGUGUAUUUCUUUACAAAAUUAUGCAAACUUUGCAUAUUUUUGCCCAAAGUAGAUCCACUUAGUCUUGUGCUAUCUUAGCCUUCAAUCUAUAAGAGCGAGCGUCGCUGAAUGGGAUAGAGCCGUCAUUUCUUUUCCAUUCCACCUGACAAGGAUUGAUUCAAUUUGAUUUGAAACAGAAAAGUUUUCUUUAAAAAUAUAUUCUUCAUGUGGCUAUUUUUAUAUUAUGUAAUAGAUAACUAGUGAAUGGUUCUUUUCAAUUUUCAUUCCCUUAUUCAAUAGUUUUCCAUUUUUAUGAGCUGCUUUAUUCUGUUUUACUGCAAUUCAAAUGUCCAACACAGCAGUGGAGUUAUGCAUGUACCUUGAAAUGAUGACUUGAUGGUCUUACUGAUUUCAGCUAAGUAAUGCACUUGGAGCUGUUUCACUCUAAUUUGAAAAAACAUUCGUUAGAUUUUGAUUCAUGCUUCACAGUGAAAGGGGAACUUGCCUAAACUAGCACUUGUAUCACUUACAAAAUGCACAUUUUCAAAUAGUUACUUAUAAACUGGAUCAGGGUAUCAUGUGCCCUUAAAACACAGGCACCUAUUAGUCCAGGCCAGCACAGUUAGAUCAGUUAAAGUUUGAAGUUUUAUUAAUUAUAUUGAAUUUUAUUCGGUUUUUACAUUGUGUGCUUACAUAGGUUAUUUCGGUGCCAAUUUUUUUCCCCAUGGAUUGAGAAAAGUAGUUUUUGACAAGUUAUUGAAAGGACAUCAGUGGAGCUGGGAUUGCAAGAUGGAGGAAGAUCUCUGGCCCAAAGUGGGGAUGCUAGUGCAUACUUACGUAAUUAAUUUCCACUAUAUCCCUUACAUAAAUUGCUACUAGACAUUUAAACAGUACUGUGCCUUAAGGAAUCAAUGGUGUUCUUGUAGACUGACGUCAUCAAUAUUUUAUAAAGGGUUAUCUGUCUUUUGUUUUCAGUUUACACAAUAUAUUAUGAAUUUGUUCUACUGGUUACAUGUGAAGGACGAUUAAUUGCUUAAUCAGUGUUAUAAAUAGACAAAAAUGAAAAAGAACUGAAAUGAAAUGAAUAAAUUAGAAGGAAAAAAACAGUCGUACGUACA